UCUGUGACUCAAUCUGCUGAAGCUGCAAAUGACUAUCGCGCCAACACGAUAUUCGACUUCUGCGUUUCAAAAUGGCGACCAUCUUCAAAACCCUUUCUGUUAUCAAAAAUCCUGUAAAAAGCUUCGUUGGUUUUAUUGAAUCAAGCGUUUCCGUCUUAAAAUUCUGCACCAAACAACGUUUGAUCGCAGAAGGCGGAAUUCUUCAUGGCCAUUUCUACAAAUUGGGCAUUGCGUCAAAUAGACAUGUAUCAAUCAAAUUACUUAUCAUGUAUUUAGAUUUCAGAAAAUCAGCCGAAGUUGACCAAUUACUUAAAGAUUACGAUGGGUUUGAUAUGAUUGUUCAUAAUUGUUUGAUAUCUGCUAAUGUUGAUUGGGGGAACGUAGAUGAUGCCCGCAAACUGUUCGAUGAAAUGCCUGAAAGAAAUGAGGUUUCUUGGACUGCUUUAAUUUCUGGGUAUUUGAAGUGUGGUAGGGUGGAUGAAUCGAUGGAGUUAUUUCGAAGAAAUCCGUUUCAGAAUGUGAUUUCUUGGACAGCUGCGAUUAGUGGUUUAUUGUUGAAUGGAAUGCAUUCGAAAUCGGCGGAGUUGUUCUUGGAAAUGUUGAGAUCUGGGGUAACACCGAAUGUUGUUACGUUUGUUUCGAUCAUUAGAGCUUGUGCCGAAAUGGGGAAAUUUGAAUGGGGGAUCGCUGUUUUCGGUUUGGCCGUUAAAGUUGGGUUUGCGGAUGAUGUUUCGGUUUGUAAUUCAUUGAUUACAUUUAGUUUGCGAUUGCGUAAAAUGGAAAUGGCGGCCAAUAUUUUCGAGAGAAUGGGGGAAAAAGACGUUAUUUCUUGGACCGCGAUUUUGGGAAUGUAUGUUGAAAUGGGAGAUUUGCAAGAAGCUCGGAAGGUGUUCGAUGAAAUGCCUGAAAGAAAUGAAGUUUCUUGGAGUGCUAUGAUCUCGAGGUACAGUCAGCAAGGUUAUGCAGAAGAGGCUUUCGAGCUUUUUCGCCAAAUGGUCGAAAAAGGGAUUAGCCCGAACUCGUCUUGUCUUUCAAGCACUAUUAACGGACUAGCGAAUGUUAAGGUGUUGCAGGUGGGCAGAAACGUUCACGCCCAUGUUGUGAAAAUAGGAAUGGCUAACAACGUUUUUGUUAGCAGCUCGCUAAUCGACUUAUAUGGUUCAUGUGGAAAAACUAGCGACGGGCGUCUAGUGUUCGAUACGGUUCCCGAUAAAAACGUCGUUCUUUGGAACACGAUGAUUAGUGCCUAUAGCUUGGAUGGGCAAUUAGAAGAAGCCAAUAAGUUAUUUGAUCAAAUACCCGUUAAAAGUAUCGGCUCGUGGAAUUCGAUGGUUUCGGGUUACUUACGAAACGAACAACACGAUAAAGUUUUCGAAGUUUUUAACGAUAUGAUGUUAUCGGGCCAAAAACCUGAUAUAUCCACGUUUUCGACCGUCUUAUGCGCUUGUGCAAACCUAGCUUCAUUAGCGAAGGGCAUGGAUCUCCAUGGAAAGACGUUCAAGCUCGGAUUCCAACACGACGUUUUUGUCGGCACUGCUCUCGUCGAUAUGUACGCAAAAUCGGGCGAUAUCCAGAAUGCUAAGAAGGUGUUCGAUAAAAUGCCUGAGAAAAACGAGGUUUCUUGGACAGCUAUGAUCCAAGGGCUAGCCGAAAACGGUUUCGCAAAAGAAAGCCUCGAACUAUUCGAAGAGAUGGAAAACACAACGUUUAUAAAACCAAACGAGCUCAUUCUUUUAGCGAUUUUAUUCGCUUGUUCUCAUUGCGGGAUCGUUGACAAAGGCCUCAACUACUUCAAAUCAAUGGAGGUCUCGUAUAACCUAAAACCAAACGAACGACACUACACGUGCAUCGUUGAUUUGUUAUCCCGAGCGGGUCGGGUUCGUGAGGCGGAAGCGUUGAUGAUGACGAUGCCGUGCGAACCGGAAGUGAACGCGUGGGCGGCUCUUUUGAGCGGCUGUAAAACGUAUGGCGAAGAUGAGGUGGCAGAAAGAACGGCGGUGAAGAUCCGGGAUGUGGCGGAGAAGAAAUCCGGCGGGUACGUUUUGUUAUCGAACGUUUACGCGUUGGCCGGAAAAUGGCCGGAAGUUAUGGAAACCAGAAAACUGAUGAAGGAGAGGGGAUUGAAGAAAAAUGGUGGUUGUAGUUGGAUUGAAGUGAAAAAUGAGUUGAAUUUGUUUUAUUCUCAAGAUGGAAGUCGUAUAGAUUCAAAUGAGAUUUAUGGAGUUUUAGAACUAUUGAAGUCAAAUAUGGUGAUUCAAAUACAAUAA